AUGUCAGCUCCGCGGACCAAGCGUCAAUUCGCCGGAGCAGCCAGCGAUCCUGCCCAGAGGCAAAUCACGUCCUUUUUCUCCACCAACGACUCCCUCAACAACAGCUCAACUUCUUCCAUUACCGAAGCCUCGCUGUCUUCUAGGCCUGUCUUGCCUGCAGAUACCCAGUCCCACCUGCUCAACGUUGGCAUGCGCGUCCGCAAGUCUGUUCCUGACGGCUACAAGACCGGCAGCUACAGCGCCUUCAGCCUCUGGUCCGACAACGACGCCACGAAUAUGAAGAACAUGGCCACUCCCAACCCCACACUCGUUCGAGCCUCUUCUUCCACCACCGGCCAGCGGGAGCUCCUGCCUUUCUGCGGUAUCAACAAAGUCGGCGGCCUCUCCUCGCAGCCCGAGUCUGGCUCCGAUGCGCCAACCGCCCCGGUCCCCCGCCUGCAGCUUGGCUCUAUACCGAGCAUCGACGACGUCCCAUCCCUGACCAGCAGCCAAGGCUCGAUCGACAGCAACGCCAGCCAGCCGGCCCUCACUAUCAACACGGCGUCCGCCUCGAGCCGCAAGCGGGUCUACAGCGAGGACGAGGAUAGCGACACGCCGUCCGUGACCGACUCCCUGCAGGUCCCUGGUGGCGCGUGGAUGGACGGCGAGGUCAGCCCACGUAGCCUCGUCCCUGUUGGGUGGGAUAACACCAACACCCGGGUCAUGGCGAUUCCAAAGAAGAGCCGCCGAGCCCAUAAGGCGCGGUCCGGAACUGUUCCUUCUGUGGACUUUGCUGGCGUCGGAGGUGGAGCAUCCCUGCCGUUGCGUCUUGAUCAACUGGGUCAGGAGAACAUGAUGGCUAUCGACGGGGAUUUUCAAGAGGCAGAUUUCCUUGACUACAAGGCGCUUGCGCACGAUGCCAUGGACAUCUAG